AUGGGCAACACUUCCAGUCAAUUCUCCCCCGAUGGCACGGCACAGAAACGACGGAAUGGUCGACGCCUGAAGUCCUUUGAUGAUUCCAUCAUUCCAUCGAGCAAAGAUGGACAGACUUCUCCUGCCCGGCGCGAAAACAAGAAGAAUGGUAACAUGCGACGUACUAAAUCUGUGAGUUCGUUUGGAAGGAUCGAUUCGUUUGGCUUGAUCCUUUCCAAGCGUCAAACCGACCGGAUCGAGGCGACCGAGUGGGCCAGCGAAGAGACACUUGACCAGAUCCUGGAGUUUGUGCAGACCGUCAAAGAGCAGAGCAAGGAUGGAGAUGAUCUUCUGCGCAAGUUUGUGGAGCAACGAUCCAAGAAAUCCGAGUACAAUCUCAAGAAAGCGCUCGAGGAAGAUGAGGAAGAGAACAUUUUCAUUCCUUCGAGCAUCAAUGUGCCCAGCACAUCUCCGGGGGGCCAGCCCAAACCCGCAAUCGCCAAAGGUGCCUAA